GUCGCGGAGGCCAGGCUCGCCAAGGCCGAGGCCGAGCUGAACGACGCCGAGAUGGAGCUGCAGAAGGUGCUCGACGAGGUGGCGGCGCUCGACGCGGAGCUGGCGCAGGCGCAAGGCACGAUGACGGCGCUGAAGGAGAGCGCGGCCGCGAUGCAGAGCCAGAUGGAGAGGGCGAACCGGCUGCUGAGCGGCCUCUCCGGCGAGAACACGCGGUGGACGGAGGAUGCGAAGAACUUCGCGCUGCGGAGGAAGCGCCUGGUGGGCGACGUGGCAUGCGUCGUGGCGUUCGUCGUCUACUGCGGGCCGUUCAACUCGGAGUACCGCGACGAGCUGCACCAGGGCUUUGUGAGGGAGACGCACGAGAGAGGGGUGCCCGCGCACGCCAAGCUGGAGCUGGCGUCCUUCCUGGUCGACCAGGAGUCCGGUGGGGUGCACCCCGUCGCCUCCUCGGUACGGCGGACGUAG